AUGAGUGAACUAGAUCAACUUCGGCAAGAAAGCGAACAGUUGAAGAAUCAAAUCAGAGAGGCGCGCAAAGUUGCUGCUGACACGACGUUGGCGCAGGCAGCGGCCAACGUGGACCCUGUUGGCCGCAUUCAAAUGCGAACUCGUCGUACCCUCAGAGGCCACUUGGCCAAAAUCUACGCUAUGCACUGGGCGACCGAUUCACGCAACCUGGUGUCUGCCUCGCAAGAUGGCAAACUCAUUGUCUGGGAUGGCUACACCACCAAUAAGGUCCACGCGAUACCUUUGAGAAGCAGUUGGGUGAUGACCUGUGCUUAUGCGCCGUCGGGAAGCUACGUGGCUUGUGGGGGUUUGGAUAACAUUUGCUCCAUCUACUGUCUCAAGACACGCGAGGGGAACGUUAGGGUCAGUCGAGAACUUCCCGGACACACUGGCUACCUCUCCUGUUGCCGCUUCCUCGAUGAUAACCAGAUUGUGACCAGUUCUGGAGACGUUACAUGUGCACUCUGGGACAUCGAGACAGGUCAGCAAGUGUGCGGUUUUACUGGCCACACAGGCGACGUUAUGAGUCUCAGUCUCUCCCCGGACAUGCGUACCUUCGUUUCUGGUGCCUGUGAUGCAUCCGCAAAGCUGUGGGACAUCCGGGAUGGCCAAUGCAAACAAACUUUUCCAGGUCAUGAGUCGGACAUUAAUGCAAUCACCUUUUUCCCAAGCGGCUUUGCCUUCGGCACUGGUAGUGAUGAUGCAACCUGUCGCCUCUUUGAUAUUCGUGCUGAUCAAGAGGUGGGUAUGUUCUCACACGACAACAUCAUCUGCGGUAUCACCAGCGUCGCUUUCAGCAAGAGUGGGCGUCUCUUGCUCGGCGGAUACGACGACUUCAACUGCAAUGUCUGGGACACACUCAAGCAAGAUCGGGCUGGCGUUCUUGCUGGUCACGACAACCGCGUGAGCUGCUUGGGCGUAUCAGAAGACGGGAUGGCUGUUUGCACUGGUUCCUGGGACAGUUUUCUUCGAAUUUGGAACUAG